GCUACUCAUCGUGUACUAUUCGUCAGCCGCUCUGGUGUUAGACGGUCUGCGUGCUCGCUGAUCCUUGACUUUGUUUCUCCUGCAUCGCACGGCGCCUCCAGGCUGGCUGUGACGCGGAUUGUGUGGAUGCAUUCACUCACGUACGCCCGGACACUGUCAAGAAACUGCGCAGCGGCCGCCUGCUCACUGAGCCAAAGCACGACUUUCGUCGCCGGGCGUGACUGGUCGGCUUUCCUCUCACCACGUCGGUGGUCCUCGCGCUGGACAGUCACUGGGCCUCCACGUUCGUUUCCCCUCCCACCCGAGGCGAGAUCGUUUUGCGCUGCUUUGGAUGUGGUCUCACUUGGCUAUUCAAGGGAACGUAUGUGGUGUCGUAAUGUAGCUCGAACCGUAACAAGUGUUUCUGAGUAAUGAGUCGUUGCAAGAUUGAGGAUCUUAGCGAAUCGAUUCCAUCCCUCUUCGCUGGUAGAACGUGGUACGAUAUCGAUCGCUUCAGCUAUCUGUACAUAACACCUCAACAACAUGCCGUCAAC